AUGAGGGUGGAUGCUACAUUUCCUCUACUCAAAGAUGUUGUUGCUAUGACUGAUAUUGUUGUUGAGACAUGCACUGGGGUUAACAUGGAAGUCAUGGGUGGUGGGUUCCCAAAGAAAGAUGACAUGGAGAGGAAAGAUGUGAUGUCAAAAAAUAUAUCAAUUUACAAGUCUCGGGUUUCUGCCCUUGAAAAGCAUGCAACUGCAAGCUGCAAGGUUUUGGUUUUUGCCAACCCACAAGACGUGCUUUCAGCACCCAUUUCUUCUGCUGCAUACUCAUGCAAUAGUCAACUGGUUCUUGCCACACUUACUGCUACUAUGGUGCACGUUUUGCUAUUCAGUGGAUGUGAUUUAUGGGAGCAAAGUAAAAGUGUCUUUGGAGGGAGUAAAAAGGAAGAUAUACAUACCAAGCUUAUGAAGAAGUACAAAUCAGCUCCUACGUGGUGGUUUAUUGUCAUCCUUGCGUUGAACAUUGUUCUUUAA